GACAAACUUGGAACAUCAUUGGUUAAGAAUGUGACUUCCAAUGGUGAAUUUGCUUUAAGAACUCAACGAUUAUUAGGAGAAAGUAGAUUGAGUCGAGAUUCCCUUUUGUUAGAUUCUUUUUAUGAUGAUGAUGAAUUAUUCGAUUAUGAUGGUGAUCACAAGUCAAAACGUGAUGUAAAAGAUAGGCACCAUCGCCACCGCCAUAGUCAACGACAUAAACAUCGACACAGUCAUAGACAUAGCACAUCACGAAGUAAAAGAGAGGAAAAAAAAAAUGAAGAUGAUGUACUUAGCUUAUCCCAAUUUAAUAUAGAUGAAGAUGAUGAUGAAAAGGUUGAAGAAAAUGUUUUAUCACGACUUAGAUCCAAUGAUUAUGAUGAUGUAAUAAAUCUAACGAAUGCAAGAAGAUCUAAUUCGAGACACAGAAUAUCAUCAAUGGAUAUCGAUUUACGUCCAGGACAUGAAGAUGAUUUGAUUGUUAAAAGAAGAAAAGGAUCUAGUGGUGUGACUAGAAAAGCUGAUAGUUAUGGUGAUAAGAAAAUUCACGAUACCUUGAGUUCUUUAGACGAUUAUAGGGAUUAUCAAUGGAGAGGGAGAAGACCUAGGAAAAGGGGUUCUGGUAGCACAGCUGCAAAGGUAUUGGGUGCUAUGGGUGCACUUGCAUUAUCUCAUCACUUCAUGGGUUUUUUUUUAACGACAAGUAAUGUUGUUACUUUGCCUUUGGCAGCUUCCGCCUGUGUAUUAGGGGGAAUUUUGUACAAAAAAAAUAAAGAUAAAAACAAGUAUAGGAGACAUCCCGGAAGAAGCAUAACUUACUAA